GAUAUAAAUGUUGGGCUCGAAACACACAAAUUGUCUUCUUCUUCCUUUAAGCCGAGUGAAAACCCUAGGAGUAUGCGUCUGUAUAAACAAAGCCGGAAGCCCUAGCAGUUUUCCUCCAGAUUCUGAUCAAGCCGUCCAAAAUGUCGAAACGAGGGCGUGGAGGUACGUCGGGUAACAAAUUCAGGAUGUCGCUGGGUCUUCCCGUGGCGGCGACAGUGAACUGUGCCGAUAACACCGGAGCGAAGAAUCUUUACAUCAUUUCGGUGAAAGGAAUCAAAGGUCGUCUUAAUCGAUUACCUUCUGCUUGUGUCGGCGACAUGGUGAUGGCCACCGUCAAGAAGGGUAAGCCCGAUCUCCGGAAAAAGGUUCUCCCCGCCGUUAUCGUUCGCCAGAGGAAACCAUGGCGCCGAAAGGAUGGUGUCUUCAUGUACUUCGAAGAUAAUGCUGGAGUCAUUGUCAACCCAAAAGGAGAAAUGAAAGGUUCUGCGAUCACCGGUCCCAUUGGGAAAGAAUGCGCAGAUCUCUGGCCAAGGAUUGCUAGUGCUGCUAAUGCUAUUGUCUAAAUCUAAGAUCAAUCACUGGUCGGUUUUUACUGGCAUUGGAUUAUCGUUAUUGAUCUUUUGGAACUCUUAAAUAUAUCAAAACCUAGUUUGAGAAUUUUGUUAGCAUGGUUUUGUUGUUUUCGGACAGUUUGUAUGACAUUCAAAUAUUUGGUUAUUUAGACAUUUUUUAGAGUCUUGGGCUUGGCAGCUCUCAUAUUCUAUUGAA